AGCAUCCCUAAGCGGAAGGAGGGUGGAAAUGUUUUGGGGGUAAUAUCAAUCAAACGGCAAUGGUCUGCCCCUCCAUUGGAAAGGGAACCUGUGCAGUGGGUUGGAUAAUCUGCCUUUUGCUGGUUUCCCCUUCCUGCCAGUGCAGCAGGAACAGCAUCAGGGACCGGGUACAGAGGAGGGUUGUGCUGGUGCUGGCACUCGGAGGGAGGCAGCAGGCUUGCGGGCAGCGCAGUGCCGCAGUGUCGGCGGUGUGAGAGCAGCGGGAGAGAGAGAGAGAGAGAGAGAGUGUCCCGGUCGCUCAGCCCUGGAGCGCGAGCCUCAGGCGCGCGGCGCCAACAGACCCGAGCGCGAGUCGGGAAGGAGCGGGGGUUGAGUAAUGAGCCAGUCCUGCUAUCGAUAUGACAACAUAUUGAUCUUUUUAGGCAGCAGUGAUUUUUCUUUAGUUUGGAGGAGUAAACAAAUCCUUGGCCAAAGAGCGAUUCACUACUUGCAAGAAUGAAACUCUGCUAAUUGUUCCUUUUCCAAGCCCUUGUUCCAUGUCCAAAUUCAGAAAUUAGAAGAACAUAAUGGAGGGGUGAGGACGAGAUUCUUCAUGUGCAAGGACAGCAAUUAUUGAAAUGAAAGUGAUAACAAAGUUCAGCUGAAGUUAAUGUUGGACCGUUACCACAAUCUUUUGUAUUGAGACCAUUUGUGAUACCAGUAACAUCUUGAAUCUGAGGCCACCAUGAAGCUGAAGCAGCGUGUCGUUUUGCUAGCCGUACUCCUUGUUAUUUUCAUUUUUACAAAAGUGUUCCUGAUUGACAACUCAGACUCCACUGCAGCUAACCGAGAGGAUCAGCACUCUUUUCAGCAUAUGAUGGAUAAACUCAAGAUUGAACUGAAUCCAAAUUUGGAGCACACACUGCAGUCACCAUGGGAGAUAGCAGCACAGUGGGUUGUUCCCAGGGAGGUGUACCCAGAGGAUACUCCAGAGCUUGGAGCCAUUUUACAUGCUAUGGCCACCAAAAAGAUCAUUAAGGCUGACGUGGGCUACAAAGGGACUCAGCUAAAGGCUCUGCUUGUUCUUGAAGGUGGACAGAAGGUUGUGUUCAAGCCUAAAAGGUACAGCAGGAGUUAUGUGGUGGAAGGGGAGCCUUACGCUGGUUAUGACAGACACAAUGCUGAAGUAUCUGCUUUCCAUCUGGAUCGGAUUUUGGGAUUGCGCCGUGCUCCAGUGGUUGUUGGGAGAUAUGUGAACUUACAUACCGAGAUAAAACCAGUUGCCUCUGAGCAGCUUCUGAGCACCUUCCUCACACAGGGUAACAAUAGCUGUUUUUAUGGAAAAUGUUAUUACUGCAGAGAAUCAGAACCAGCCUGUGCUGAUGGGCAUACUAUGGAAGGAUCUGUAACAUUGUGGCUACCUGACAUCUGGCCAUUACAAAAACAUAGACACCCGUGGGGCAGGACUUACCGAGAGGGGAAACUAGCCAGGUGGGAAUAUGAUGAGAGUUACUGUGAUGCAGUAAAGAAGACCCCUCCCUAUGAUUCUGGUCCUCGUCUCCUAGAUAUAAUAGAUACUGCGAUUUUUGACUACCUGAUUGGCAAUGCAGACCGUCAUCACUAUGAAAGUUUUCAAGAUGAUGGUGGAGCGAGCAUGUUAAUUUUGUUGGACAAUGCAAAGAGUUUUGGGAAUCCAAGUUUAGAUGAAAGAAGCAUCCUCGCAGCAGUCUAUCAAUGUUGCAUUAUUAGAGUGUCUACCUGGAACAGGUUAAACUACCUAAAGAAUGGAAUUCUGAGUACUGCUAUGCGGACUGCCAUGUCACAUGAUCCAAUAACCCCAGUUUUGGCAGACACACAUUUGGAAGCCAUGGACCGACGGUUGAUGGGUGUCAUAGCAACUAUCAAGCAGUGCAUUGAACAAUUUGGGACAGACAGUGUGCUGGUGGAAGACAGAAUGAAACUAUCUCAUUUGAAAUAAGGUGUUUGAAAUGAAAAAUGAAUAAUACUGCUGCUCUGCAUAAUGUUAAACAUAGACAGACGGUGCAAACUGCACAGUAUGGAAUACAAACUCAAGGAAAUUUAGGGGUAUAAAUUAUUUGGAAAAGCAAGCUUGUUCCUAGGACAGGUACUGGAAUAUCUGUUGGCCUAACUGAAACUUACUGACCCUUGAUGCAUUGACAAAAGGAUGAGCAUAAUUGGGGCAAUAAAAUUGCUUUCUGAAGUAAUGUUUUCACUUGAUCUUUAUUGCAACCAUAGGCAUGUUCUUUCUGGUUUCAUCUUUUGUCAAAUAAUGCAGACCUGUUUUAAGUGUCCUAAUGAAAGGUGAUAAAUCUCUGCUUAUUCUGACAUCCGUUACCUUCAGGGAGUUUAAAUGAUUAUUUAAAUUCUUGAUCUUACACUGCCGAUCGUGGAAUCCAGGACAUUAUCCAGUUGGUUUAGCUUUUACUUUACAAGCCUGUGACAGCUACAUUGAAGAUGCUUAUAUGGAUAAAUUACAAAUCCCAAUGACGCAGGUCCUGUCUCAGUUUUUCUGCCAGAAAUUGGAAAUAAGUUUAAAAAUUUACCUCUACAGUACAAUAAUGGUAUUUCUGCAGUGCAAAUUAGAUGUAAAUCAGACAGAAUCUGAAGGAAUGCUGUCAAUUUCUGUGAACUAAAACAUACCCAUUGUUUAGCUUAAACUACAGAACAUAAUUUUCUUUGCCUUGUAAGCAUUUAAAACUGUAGCUGCUGGACUUAAGGCAAAUAUUUUUUUAUAUAACAAUGGUGCUGUAAUGCUCAACAUUCAGCCAGUUUGAUUCUCGAUGCCCAACAGACAGUCAAACUUCCCCAUAGAUAGACUUUUAGUUCUCAGCCAGGCCACACUAUUGAGCACUGUGGAAUAGUAUUGGGGAAGGGAGACAUAGCUAAUACUACACAAUACUUAAGCAUGGGACCAACUGAACCUUCGUAUUCCAUAGUUGAGACUGUUCUCCUGAAUUUGUACGUUUACUGUCGUUUUGAGUGAUUUAAAAAAAAUUGGGACUUGGGUAAAGGUUAACGGAACAGAAUGUUUAAUUGUUUGUUUAUUGAUUUUUAAAACAUGUUGGGGUUCUUAGCUUUAUGCUGUGCCAAGUUUGAGCUGUUGGUUUACUGUUUUGACAUUGAGUGCACUAAACAUGUUUGUGAGAUACCCAAAACCUGGCAGUAGAACUCUCAAAGUUGAUGGCCAAUGGCAGUUCUUCUCUCCUUCAACUUAUGCUCCACCAGCUUUUGGUUGGAUGUUUACAAUAAUUCUUGCAAAGCAGGAAGGCUUGGACUGUUCAAAUCACGAUGCAAACUUUAGCAAGACAUGGAGACCUUUCUUGAAGUAUAAAAUAAUAAAGUGGUGUGUAAAUAAUUAUACAGAUAAUUUAUUCGUUGGGAGUAGUCUUGGGCUAUUGCUUAGUGUAUCUAUUAUAAAUGGAAGAUUACUCCAUAUUUAAUGGAGAGGAUGGCUGAAGCUGUGGUUUAAAUUCUCUGUUAACCCACCUGUUUGGAAAAUAAUGUUCUGAUCCCCACAAUGUGUAGGAUAAUGCUCUUCUAUUUUAAUAAUAAAAAUAUUAAAGCACAGCUUCAACAAAUUUGCCUUUUCAUCAAUGCAUUAUAAAAUUUGAGUCCCUAUUAAAGAUCAUCAGUUAGUAA